AUGGCGCCCGGCGUUCUUCAUCGGGUCAUCCACGGAACACACACUCCCGAGCCAUGGCAGAAAGACCUCAUCACUGUGCGUCCAGCAAUGCUGCAGGACUACCGUCGACAUAGAGUCCGAUAUGCAGAUUACCCUGCCAUAAUACCUCACUCCGGCUCUCGGGUACGUGGGAGCGUGGUGACUGGACUGACGCCGGGUGAUAUCUAUCGGUUAGAUAUUUUCGAAGGCAGUCAGUACAAGAGGGAUGUGGUGAAGGUCCAACUCUUGAAAGACGUGGAACUAGACCAGGCAGCCCCCGAACAAGAGAGGGACCACCCCCAGGUCCUGGAAGAAGUCGAAGCACAAACAUAUGUCUGGCUUGAAGGUGAGGAAACGUUAGAGCCUCAAGAGUGGGAUUUUGAAGCAUUCAAACGAGACAAGAUGCGUGCGUGGAUGGGAAUUGAAGACGAUGAUGAUGUCGAGGUUGAUGAGGGCUUUGCUGAUGUCGACAGAGCUGUGGCAGAAGAGGAUUCGCGGCGGACACAGGAGAAGAGCCAGGGGAAUGGGACGAACACACCUGGAUAUGACCCAAUGGGCGGGAGAGGGGCGAACGGACAUAUCACGCAACAAUUGAAGGAGGCUGCCGUAUAG